AUGACCCUCUUCAGUGAAUGCACAGAUGGUGUUUACUUGGUAGAUACAUUAGCUGGAGAUCCAAAGGUUCUCCAAGCAGAUACUGAAAUGUAUUGUGAGAAACUCCUGAAGAAAUCAUCAUCUCCUGACGUAUUUUCCCUCCCUGGAGGAGGAAAGGUUGUACUUGAAGAUUCCUGUGUGUGUUUUGUCCCUGUCCAGCGAAAUAAUCCUACUUGCAAAAUGUUGCUGUUAACUGAUCCACAGGAUAAAGAGACAGUUUUGGCAGUUUAUUUGAACCAGUCUUGGUGGCCAGUUGAAGAUGUGAUAAAGACAGCUGAUCCUUCUAGAGAUGGGCUAAUUUUGGUCCAGACAUUUGCAGAAAGGAUUGUCCGCUUUGUUCUGAACCACGUUAUUUUGGGAAUGCUGGAAGGGAGUUCAGCUAAUGAUGCAUUCUUUCUCCCUCACUCUGCUACUGAGUGUGCCAAGAUACUCUGGAGAGAUGGUGAGGCUGUCGCAUUUUAUACAGUCAAGAUGAAAGGUAAGGUCAUUUUAGAGACAAAUUCCCAAUGCACAUAUUUGCUGCCAGUGUUGGAUACUGUAUUUGUCCAGUCAAAGUACAGAGGAGGUGGCCUAGGGAUGAAAACGCUGCGGGAUUUCUGUAGGUCUUCUGUGGGUGAGGAAGCGUUAGGGAUCGGCCGCCCUAUUUCUGCUGCUGUGUAUCAAGUUGGCCAGAAAUUCCUGCAAACUUAUUCUGAGGAGCAGAAUCGACUGUGGGAGGUGGAAGCACCAGGAGCCUGGAGCCAAGGAGUGGAUAUAUGGUUAAAAAUUCAGAUGGAGUCAGCCCUUUGAGAAAGUGAUCACCUUCUUUCUCCAGA